GUUACGACAUAUUUACAGUUUCAAAAUUGUUUAUAAGUAGUUUUAAUAAUAUUUCGAUUGCUUUACGUGUAUUGUUUGCUGUGUAACACGUAGCAGAAUUUUCAAAGGUUUCAAAAUCGAAAAAUGUCCAACCCUAAAGUUGUUUUAGUAACAGGUGGUUCAGGUUUAGUUGGAAAGGCAAUAGAAAAAAUAGUUAAAAUCGAAAAUAGGAAUGAUGAAAAGUGGAUAUUUUUAAGUAGCAAAGAUGGAGAUUUAAGUGAUUUUAAUGCUACCAAGAAAAUAUUCGAAACUUACAAACCAACACAUGUUGUACAUUUAGCUGCAAUGGUUGGAGGCCUGUUUCACAAUAUGUCUCACAAUUUGGAUUUCCUCAGAAAAAACCUUCACAUUAACGACAACGUUCUUCAGUUAAGUUAUGAAAAUAACGUAGAAAAAGUCGUUUCUUGUCUUUCUACUUGCAUUUUCCCCGACAAAACGGUGUAUCCUAUUGACGAGACAAUGGUUCACAAUGGGCCCCCUCAUCCGUCCAAUUUUGGUUACAGCUACGCUAAACGUCUAAUUGAUAUUCAAAAUAGGGCUUAUAGUCAACAGCACGGUUGUCAAUUUACAUCUAUCAUUCCUUGCAAUGUUUUUGGACCUUAUGACAACUAUAACUUAGAUUCUAGCCAUGUUAUACCGGGUCUGAUUAGAAAGCUGCACGAUAUUAUCCAACAAGGUGGAAAAACGUUCACUGUGAUGGGCACAGGCAAACCUUUAAGGCAGUUUAUAUACUCUUUAGAUUUGGCUAAGUUGAUUUUGUGGGUACUGAGAAACUAUCAAGAAAUUGAACCAAUUAUUUUAUCAGUGGAUGAAGAUUCUGAAAUAAGUAUUAAACAACUAGCAGAAGAAAUAGCCAAGGCAUUCGAUUUCCAAGGAGAAGUAGUAUUUGAUACUUCAAAAGCAGAUGGGCAAUACAAAAAAACUGCCAGCAAUGCAAAAUUGAGGAAAUACUUGCCUGAUUUUGAAUUCACUCCGUUUUCCACAGCUAUCACAGAGAGCGUGGAAUGGUAUAAGCAAAAUUGCAAACAAGCCAGGAAUUAACUCAGUUUUUAUUUAUUUUGUUUUUAAAUGAUUUAUAUUUUUAUCGUAAUGCCGACAAAUUUCUUGGGGCUAUAAAUAUUUUUAUGAAUAAAAACCAUAUAAAAGAAGUUGUUCAUUAUGAAACAAUUAUUAAUGUUUACCUUUAGAUACUCCUAGAAGUUUGUUGGUACAAUUACUAUAUAUCCUGUAUAAAUUAUUUCUAUUUGCAAUAAAUUUAGAAAUUAUAUUUUUC